AUGACAUUCCUAAAACAAACCAUCCUAGCAGCCCUCGCAACAUCCUCCAUCCCCCAAGCAGCAGCAAACAGCGAAUACCGCUCCCGCCCAGACCUCGCACCCCCAAGUCUAAACAUCACCAUCCCGUCCCCAAACGCCAACAGCUCAGAAUAUGUCUUCGUCGCCCCAUACGCAAGCGGCGGCACUCUUGAACGGCCCGGCCCGUACAUCUACCGUAAGGACGGCGAUCUAGUGUGGGCCGGCACGGGGUACUACGCCGGCUUCGUGGCCAAUUUCCACCCCACGACGUACCAAGGAAAAUCUGUGCUGCAGGCGUUCCAGGGUAGUAUGGAUACUUCCCACGGCGAGGGGUUUGGGCAGCAUGUACUGCUUGAUCAGAACUAUGAGCAUGUUGUUACUUCCACUGCGGGGAAUCAUCGUGUUUCGUCAAUUCAUGAGUUUAAUGUUGUUGGUGGUAAGACGGCCCUGAUUGAGGUCUUUUAUACCACUCCUGCCAAUCUGUCGGCCUACGGUGGCAAUGAGACGCAGCAGUGGCUGGGAAAUGGAAUUUUUCAAGAAAAUGAUAUCGCCACGGGAGAGCUGUUGUUUGAAUGGAAUGCUUUGGAUCAUGUCGACCCGUCUGAAAGCCUGGUCACAUUAGGUUCAACGGGCUCGAACAGCGGAGUCUCCUCCGCCGAUGCAUGGGACUACUUCCACAUCAAUAGCCUGGACAAAAACGAAGAAGGCGACUACCUGCUUUCCUCCCGACACACUAGCACAAUAUUCAAGAUCAACGGCACAGAUGGGUCAAUUAUCUGGCGACUGGGCGGCAAAAAGCCCAGUUUCACACAAACAGGCAACUGGACAUUCGGGUUCCAGCACCACGCACGGUGGCAUCCAGAGCUUAGUCAGGCCGGAACGGAGGUUAUUUCAUUCUUCGACAACUCCGGCAACGGCAAAAUCACUUACAAUGACGUUUCCCGGGCUUUGGUUGUACAGCUCAACCACACAGACAACACCGCGACCGUUUUGCGCAAGGCGACGGCGCCUUACGAGCUGCAAGCACAGUCCCAGGGUAAUGCGCAGCUGCUUGCCGAUAAGCGAAUCUUCGUGAACUGGGGCUCUGCGGGUGCAUUUACGGAAUUUAGUGCUGACAAUGAAAUCCUCUACCAUGCGUUCAUCCAAUCGGGCUCGGUGAGCUAUCGCGGAUUCUUGGGCAACUGGACUGGCACGCCUACUGAAAGCCCGGCUUUGGUUGCGCUUACAUCUUCCGAUACCGUCCAGCUGCAUGUUUCUUGGAAUGGAGAUACUGAGACUAAAGCUUGGAGAUUCUUCUAUGUCAGCGGGAAUAAGAAGACUCGAGUUGGUCAGGUGGCUCGGAAGUCGUUUGAGACUGUUCAUACCUGGAAGCCUAGCUUUGCUAUCUCUUCAUCUGCGAGAUUUGUUGCUGAAGCUGUUGGCAGGAAUGGGAAGAUUAUUGCGCAGACGGGUUCGGCUGCUGCCACUGCCAAUAUCGAGUUGGUUGCGUGA